UAUAAUUGGCUUGUGGAAGGUUAGAUCCCUCACGUAACUGACAUUGGUGUUGAGCAUGGACAGGAGCAAACGGGCAGUGCUGUGAGAGCCACAGGAGGAAGAGGAUCAUUCCUGUAGCAUCAUCCUUCUGACCACAGAUACACAUGGGAAACAACAGCAGCUCCACCGUGGACGAUCUGCAAGCUGUCGAGAUCCACCACUGGUACAAAAAAUUCAUGACAGAAUGUCCUUCUGGACAGCUGACGGAGCAUGAAUUUAAGCAGUUCUUUGGACUUCGAGGGCUGGAUCCAGAGGCCAAUAAGUACAUUGAGCAGAUGUUCCGCACGUUCGAUAUGAACAAGGAUGGAUAUAUUGAUUUCAUGGAAUACGUGGCUGCCCUCAGCCUCGUUCUCCGAGGGAAGAUGGAGCAGAAAUUGCGGUGGUAUUUCAAGCUCUAUGAUGUAGAUGGCAAUGGCUGCAUUGAUCGACAUGAACUGCUCAACAUCAUCAAGGCCAUUCGAGCCAUUAAUGGUGGUGACCAUGAAACGAGUGCAGAAGAGUUCACCAACCGAGUCUUCGACAGGAUUGAUGUGAACGGCGAUGGUGAACUUUCUCUGGAUGAAUUUGUGGAGGGAGCAAGGAAAGAUGAGGAGUUCAUGGAGGUUAUGAUGAAAAGUUUGGACCUGUCACACAUUGUGGCCAUGAUAAACAACCGUCGGCAUAGUGUAUAAAUCAAGCUGGGAGAAAAUGCUGUCCCAAUAGACAGAUGGGUGUCACAAGGAAGGAGAGACAGCAUUUUUCAAAACAAAAUUUCCAUAAACAUGAAUAUGGAAGUAGGAACAGAAAGACACUGCUGUAUUUGUGUAUCUGAGUGCAUGUUCCUAUACAAAUACUGAAGCUUAGCCACAUAAAUGCAAGGCAGGUUCAGAAGAACUGAAUCUGGGUGGCAGUAUUUGACUCGUCUUUCUAAAAUUUAAAGGCCAAGUUUCAGGACACAAAUUUCCUUUUUAUUCUGUGUCCCAGCUUAUCAGUUUGAAACGGACUAAAAGUAACAGCAAGUUUGUGAAGAGCGCUAGCAGACCUGGGUGGUGGAGUGUGGAGGACAUAUUAUGACAUAGAAAAGAAGAAUCUCAAACUGUUAUUAGAGUAGAGAACGAACAAAAGAAUGUAACUUGCACUGUUCUUGUCAUGGUAUUGGUUCAUAAACACCAGCAUGGUUUACCAGCAUGGUCCCUACCACAUGUGCUUGAAUUUGGUUGUCUCUACAGAAGCAGCUUUAGUCAUAAGACCACAAGAACUGAAAGAAAAACCAGUCUGGCAGUGACAAAUCUGUCCUCAGCUGCAGCUCUUUGAGCUUUCUGUGAUCAAAGAACUCUAGCAAACAAGUCAACAGUUUGGAGCAGCUUCUGUAACCAGAGAAAAUACGCUAUUCAGUUUCCCAAAGCAGAAGAAUUACUUGAGAGAUCAUAUCUUUUAUAUACUCAUGGUCCGACUUAUUCUCCUCUCAUACAACUGAGUCGCUGGGAAUGUUCAAAGCCACACUGAACAAGGCUUGGAGUAACCUGAUCUAGCUCCAUGGCAUGGGGCUGAAGCAAGAUGAUCUUUGAAGUCCCUUCCAACCCAAACCAUUCUGUGACUCUAUAAAUGAAGUAUUUGAAGAUGAUCCUAAUAUUAUUGCCUCACACAUCCUUCAUUGGUCUUUCUUCUUGUUCUUGAGGAGACAAUCUAAUUGAAAGAAACAACUCACCAAGGUGACUUGUGAAUUGUGCUGUUAAUGUGAAGGCUGGAGUGAAGCUGACACGAUGGGAAGAGUGAUGCAGCAUGGAUAGAAGCUCAGCAAACUGUGUCUUGUUUGCUGUUCAUUAGAUAAGGUCAUGAUCAGAAGCUCCUUUGAAUCUGGGAAGAGAACCAGAAGGAAAGAAGAAUGCAGGAAAUGUUCAAUGGAGUGCCUAUGUCACAGUUGGCAUGUUUUUCCUGUGCAGGAGGAAGAAUGUGCAGACCUGUAACAAAACUUUAGAUUGAACUUAUUCUUGCUUAUAUUUAGGCUUCUGUAAUGUUCAUAUGUGUAUGGGUUUGCACGGCAAGGUCCUGGUAGCAGGGAGGCUUACAGGGAUGUCUUCUUCUUUGAGAAGCUGAUGGAAGCUUACCCCAUGUCUGGCAAAGACAACGCCAGCCGGCUCCAGGAUGCCACUGGCCAAGCCUGAGACCUUCAGCCAUGGUAGUAACGUGUCUGGGAUAACAUAUUUAAGAAGGAAAAGUUGUUGGGCAGAAGCAAUUGCAGCCAGAGAAGUGAGGACUGAGAAUAUGUGAGAGAAACAGCUCUGCAGGCACCAAAGUCAGCUAAGAAGGAGGGGGAGGAGGGGUUCCAGGUACUGGAGCUGAGAUUUUCCUGCAGCCCAUGAUGCAGGGUGUAAUGAAGCAGAUUGUCCUCCUGGAGCGCAUGGAGGGCUGCAGGAGGGAAGCACAAAUCUACCUGCAGCCUGUGGAAGAGCCCCGUGUUGGACCAGGUCCUGGAAGGACCUAAGAGCAGCUUUCCUGGCAGGACU